AUGGCUCCAAAAGAGAAAUUUUACGCAGUUCAGAAAGGUCGUACCACAGGAGUCUUUACAAGUUGGCAAGAAUGCCAAGCUCAAACUACAGGUUUCAAUGGCGCCAUCUUCAAGAAAUUUGAUACAUUUGCUGAAGCUAAGGCUUUCUCUCGAAGUAAUAAUGGCUAUAAUUCAUCUAGGGUGAAUCAAGUGUUUUCUAACAAUAAAGUUUCUAAGCCCCAAGUUACCCAGAAUAAUAAGAAGGCAGGUACUGUGAUGAGAAAAGUUGUUAAGGGAACGAAAUGCUAUGCAGUUAAAAGUACAAACCCUGCUAUUCCAAGUAGGGUUUUUCAGAAUUGGAAGGAUUGUCAGGCAUAUGUACAUCGUGCCAAAGGUGUCACUUUUAAAAGUUUCUUAUCCACAGAAGAUGCACUUAAUUUCAUCAACGGUAUUUCAGAUUCUAAGAUUGAUUUUACCAUUAUUGGAAUGGAUGAGGAGGAAUUCCGUAAAAAAAAUUUCAUCGGUCAUUGCGAUUAUCCCUAUUUCGGCAGAUCAAUUGUUUAUUGUGAUGGGUCAGCCCUUUCGAAUGGGAAAAGUUCGUCCCGUGCAGGGUAUGGUGUGUACUUCCAAGAUGAACCAGAGUAUAAUAUUUCGGAGAGAUUGAGAAUAGGAGAGCAGACUAAUAAUAGAGGUGAAAUUCAGGCUGUAUCAUCAGCUCUGGAGAUAAUAUGGAUAAAUUUGACUACUAAAAUGGAGAAGUUAAAUUAUGAAAUUAAAACAGAUUCUGAGUAUGUUGCUAAAUUUUUGAAUGACAGAUAUAUGACUAGCACUCCAGCUGCUAUAAAAAAACUUCCUAAUAGCGAUUUACUUUACCCAUUAUUAAUUAAUUUCCUAAAAGUGAAAAAGUUCUACAUGAUAAAUGCGCACUGUUUUGCAAAUGAUGGUAAGUUUAAGAUAGAAUGGGUUAAAGGACAUGCUGGUGAGCAUGGCAACGAAAUGGCAGAUUCUCUUGCUAGAAAUGGGGCCCUUAAAAAUUAG